UGUCGUCCCAAGAGAGGUACAAUCCUAGUUCAAAAUGGCGCAAGAGCCGGUGGAAAAACCAUGGGAGAUUACUAGUCCAGGAUACAUAAAAUUCAGGCAAAUGGACCCUAUGUUGAAAACAGCAGCAACAUUGGGAGAUGUCGACUUCUUCACGCAGGCGUUCACUUCUGAUCCGCCCGAGUACUUCAGGCUCAGAACAAGUAACAAAUGCAACAUCUUCCAUAUAGCCGUUCGUUUAAGGAGGACAGCCUUCAUCACAAAAGCAAUCGAGAAACUGGAACUUAUUGAUUUACAUGAACUCCUCACCCAACAAGAAGCCUCUCUGAAAUGGAACCCUCUUCAUUUCGCAGCCUUUCAGGGAAAUCUAGAAGAGAUUCAGCUCAUACAUGAAGUUUACAAAUCAAUUGAUGCAGCUAGUAUUUUUGUUCAUGAUCUACCAUGCUUAGCGGCCGAUGUGAAUGGGAAAUCUCCCUUGCACUUGGCCCUUGAAAAGAAUGAGGAAUGUGCAUUGGAAAUAUUGUCAAUGAAUACAGAAAAGCUUUGUUGCCUGAAAGACAACGAAGGGAGGACUCCUUUCUUACUUGCCAUGCAGCAAGGUUUCACCAAGAUAGCUUCCAAGAUGUUGGAGUCCAAUUUUAAGUUUGAUAUUAGCAACGAAGAUGGUUUGAAUCCCCUUCAAAUUUUGGCAGAAAACUCAGGUACAGUAGCUGAAUUUGAAGAGAGCUCAAUUGAGACAAUCUUAAUCAAAUCUCACCCGGAUCUGCUAUUUGUAAAUAGUAAAAAUGGACAAUCAUCAGUUCUCCAUACAUGGGCAAAAACAAAUAGAUUAGUGCAGCUUGCAGCAGUGGCAGUAAAUCAUGGUCUUGACUAUCUCCAGAAAUUAAGUAGUUCUGUAAACAGCGAAGGAAAUACUUCUGUUCACUUGGCCGUUGAGCAUGGUAACGAAGACUUUGCAUUGUUCAUCAUUAAAAGAUGUGGGUUACUAGAUCCCCCAAUAUGGAGAUACGAAAAUAAAGAUGGAGUAACUCCUUUUGACAUUGCGUUGAGGAAACGUCAGGGAAAUUUCGUGUUACGCUGCAUUACUCAGGAUUCUUGGACUUACCAAGUGCGUAGCAAGUCGUCCGAAGAGAGCAGACUCUUUAUUGCUGUCAAAGAGGGGAUGAAUGAUGCUGUACAAAACAUUUGCGACUAUGUUGCUGCAGAUCCUUCACUGCAAACUACUAUUCCAACUGUAAACUGCGAUGGGCAGACAGUCUUGCAUGUUGUGUCGUAUUGCACAGAAAAGACGGGCAGAUGUUUAGUGGAAAUGUUUCCACACCUGAUCAGUUUGCCAGACAACAAUGGAGAGAGACCUUUUGAUAUAGCUUCAAAAGUUUGUAGCAAAUGGCUUAUAGAGUUGCUGCUCACAAAGGACCCUUCUGCCAUUGAAACUUCCCCAAAAGCUUGGAUUGAAGCCUGUAAGAGAGGCGAUCUUGAAGUCAUAAAAGUUUUUGCAAAGAACUGUGAUAAGUUUAAGGAGGUCUGUGUUAAACACAUUGACUCGCCUAUGCACCAUAUCAAGCUGACAGCUGCGGAAGACUAUGAGAAAUUUUAUCAAUUUCACCAAUUUGGGAGAUGAAAAAUAACCGUGAUUCUUAUGGUCAAACACCACUGCAUCUAGCACUGCAACGUCAAGACAUAGUACUUGCUGAACUACUACUAAAAAAAGGCGUUGAUAGCAGCGUCAGCGACAUAAAAGGAACAACUGCCAAAAAUUUGUUAGCUGACCUAAGUGCGCAACAUUACGAAUGGCACGAAUUGUGUCAAAGAUUGAAGAUAAAUCCACUGCUAAAAACCAGAUACAUCCAAGACACAGGGGCACUGGAGAAAAUGCGAGACACGCUAGCAGUUGUGGCAGCCCUUCUAGCAACUCUUACAUUUGCAGCUGGAUUUACUCUUCCGGGAGGCCUGAAUCAGGAUAAUGGAGAAGCCCUUCUACAAAGGAAGAUAUCGUUCAUAGUGUUUAUUCUAGCAGAUACAUACGCCAUGUGUUGUUCCAUGUUUGUGUUGUUCUGCCUGAUAUGGUCUAUGGUUUGUGAUGAUAUUCAAUCACACGUACUCAUUGAUCGCAGUGUGCUCGUACUUGUGCACUCUUUCUGUGCUACAUUGGUUGCAUUUAUGACUGGAAUCUACACGGUUGUAUCCCAGAAAUCGUUAUGGACACCAUUACUUAUCAUUGUCAUGACCUCUUCUGUGGCAGUUAUUUCAUUCAACAAGACUGUUUUAUACAGAGUGCUUGAUGGAUUGAUCCCUUCUAUAGAUAAGAAAAGGAAAGAGAAGCUGCAAUUCUUGAAACAGAUUCCGGGACAGGUGAUGAAGCUCACAGAAUUUGGAGGACUUCUCGCAAAAAGGAGAACUUCUCGGGGCGAUAACUCUGAAGGAAUCGAUCCUCUUUCAAAUUUGUAGAUUGAACAUCUAUACAACAUGUAAAUAAUUGGGGUUUUGGAAAUGGUAUGUCAUGGAAAUGGGUGAAUCUCAGGUUGUCGCCAUUCUUGGGCUUCCUUAGCGCGACAAAUGACUGAAUGGAAACAUAUUGGAAACUGAGAAAGCUCAAAUCCUAGAGGUUAUGUGCUUCAUAGUCGAACAUCAGCAGCAUGAAGGCGUGAAUGAAUUAGUACUCGGUGAAUCCCUCGAAUCAGCCUAGUCAAGGCUUACGUCUUUCUAAUACAUGUGUGAAAUUGGACUAUUGGAGUAUAACUUAAAACUUGUUUGGUGAAUGAUCUUGAAUGAAUGUGUUGGACAAAAAUGUAUUAGCAUUUGUAAACUCUUCUAACAGAUAAUUGCAAUUCCCUGUAAAAGAAAAGGAAAGAGAAAUAAAAACCUGGUAUGCUGAAGAAG